AUGGAGUGUGAUAUCUGCCACCGGGGCCACGACCCUGCGCGGCAGCCCUUUCUUUGCGCCGUCGAUGCAAGGAACCAGCUCUAUCAGGGGCGUCUGAAGAGCGUGCAGCUUCUCAUGGAGAACGAGGAGCUCCGGAACCAGAUCCGCGGCGUGAUAGACAACCCCUCGGAUACCUCAUCGCUCGCCUCUAGCGUAGCCCAGUCAAAGAGAGUCACUGUUGAGGGCGAGACUUCCCGGAUCCUAGAGGCCGCAAAUAAACUACGAGAUGAAAUCAAGGCAGCCAGGGAUGAGAUCCAGGCAAGGAAAGCGACCAUCGCACGCAGGAGAUCCGACCUUGCCACCGCAUCAGAAGGUCUCACGGGCCGUCGCUCCAAGCAGCAAAAGGAGUUGGAGAAGGCCUCUCAAAGGCUCAACUAUCGCUGGUCACAGAGCGCCGAGGACAUGUCAACAACAAGAGCAUUUCUUUACGCUGAGGCCGCCGAUCUUUAUGGACUGCGACGCCUGAGCAAAGACAAUCACGAGUACGAACUUGGCAGGAUACCUGUGGUGAACUUGCUUGAUAUGAACUCCCUCGAACCCGAGUACAUCACCACCUCCCUCGGCCAUAUCACACACAUCGUGAUGCUGGCCUCGUAUUACUUCGCCAUCCGCCUGCCAGCCGAGAUAACUCUCCCACAUCGAGAUUAUCCAUAUCCCACAAUCCAGACCAUCAUCAGUUCAUAUCAAGGCAAAAUUCCCACAUUCCCUGGAUCGUCCCUGUCGGCAUCGCCGAGCACAACCAGCCUCGAAAACGGCUCCAGAUCCAUUGCUAGAGCACGCCCGCUCUACCUUCAAAAACCCCUUCCACAACUCCUCAGAGACGACCCGACCGCUUAUUCCUUCUUCCUGGAAGGGGUCUCUCUGCUCGCAUAUGAUGUUGCCUGGCUGUGUAAUUCACAGUCCAUUGUUUUUAGUGGCCAGAAUGUGGCCGACGACAUUUGCCAAAUGGGUCGAAAUUUGUAUCAUCUUCUUGUAGAGUCUCAGGCCGCCGUCGCUGCGGGUGCAGCGGCUACCAGGGCGGCGCACGACAAGUCCGGUGCGAAAGAUCGCGAGCCAAAGCCUGAAGCCAGUUGGCUGGGUCGCUUCUCGCACGGGACCACCUUCUAUCAUCUGACAUCUUCCGAGGGCAACGACCUUGUGAAAUCGUUCAAGCUUCCUAGUCCCGUCAAGGUGGUUGAUAGGUUGAAGAAGAAGCUUGUUGGUGAUGCCCCGGCUCCGGAUUGGGAGGUGUUGGAUGACGAUGCAUGGAAGGUUGAAGAUGCCUUUGGCCAGCCACGAGCUGACCAAGGGAAUGGUGUUGCGGGCAAGCCCAAAUCUGCUGGUUCAUCCAAGGGGUGGAUGAAGGUGAAGUAG